AUGCAUUACCACGGCUGCUGCUGCGGACGAUGCAGAGUAUCGACGUCGCCGUUGCCGGUAAUAGUCAUGAUCACGGUGGCGCUCGUCCUCUUGGCUCUUUCCUCCGUCGUGAAAUUUGAAGUAGCUGUCUCUACAGGCGAAGAUAUGCUGAGCUGGCUCCUCCUCGCGGCGGUUCCAUUGGCUCUUCUCUUCGCCAUGCGGUGUCUCUCUUGUCUCGAAACGUCCAAGCGAUCUGUCUAUUACUGUCCCUGUGGUCGCUGGAAAUGCGUUUGCUACUACUAG